AUGCGUCCAGAUGAGUACUUCAAUUGGGAGGUUGGCACCGACAAGGACUAUUUGGCCUCGAGCAUUGCCUACCGUUUCGAUUUGCAUGGGACAGCUGAGGCAGGGCCCUGCUUCAUGAAGUCUCGACUUCAUCAGCAUGAGAUUUCCACCUCUCCCCAACGUCCAAACGAAGCUUGCUUGAAGCCCACAGGUGGUGCAAACCGCGUGCAGUUCAGCACUCGUGGCCAUUUCGCGCGCCGCCUGGACCUCGGCGGUUCCGUCGCCUGCGCAAGCGUUCCGACCGUUGUGACCGUUACGCGGGGCGAGGUCCAACUCCUGAAGGACUAUGCGCUUUGCGGUGGCGCAUCAUUCUCUCCAGAUGCGCCUAUUGCGGCUGUGGAUGGAUUGAUUUGGGCACCAGAUGGAGCAGCUUGA